AUGGUCGUCCGGUUCUUGGUGGUUAAGGAGUUAACCGCCUACAACAUCAUCCUUGGUCGACCCACUCUAAACGAGUGUAAGGCCGUCAUCAUCCCAGCCUUCAUGCUCCUCAUAUUUGAAAGGGAUGAUAGCACUGUUGGCUCCUUAAACGGGGAUCAGAAGACAGCAAGAGAGUGCUAUCUCUCAAACGUCAAGCCAACUGCUUCUACAGCCGGUCAGCUGAAGGAGCCAAUAGACCUUGACGAUGUCAAGGAUCUUGAUUCACCCCCUACAGCAGCCGCCAAGAAAAGAGAAGCUGAAAAGCUGGUGGAGAAGGAAGAUGAGGUGUUUUUGUUGUUGAGUAAGGAGGAGCAUGAAGGGUUUGUUCAACAAAACCCUAGUUUGGCCGAAUUAGUCAAAGCUUAUGAGGAUGUUUUCCCUAAUGAGUUGCCUUUAGGAUUACCUCCCAUUCGUGGGAUUGAACAUCAAAUUGACCUAAUUCCGGGAGCACCCCUUCCUAACAAACCACCUUAUAGAUGUAACCCCAUGGAAACCAAAGAGUUGCAAAAACAAAUUGAGGAGUUGAUACAAAUGGGUUAUGUGAGGGAGUCUAUGAGUCCUUGUGCUGUUCCUACUUUGUUAGUGCCUAAAAAAGAUGGAACAUGGAGGAUGUGUAUUGAUAGUAGGGCUGUGAACAAUAUAACCAUUAAGUAUAGGUUUCCCAUACCUAGGCUUGACGAUAUGUUGGAUGAAUUGAGUGGGGCUAGAGUGUUUUCAAAAAUUGAUUUGAGAAGUGGGUAUCACCAAAUUCGUAUGAGGGAGGGUGAUGAGUGGAAAACAGCUUUUAAAACCAAGCAUGGGUUGUAUGAAUGGCUUGUUAUGCCAUUUGGUUUAACAAAUGCCCCAAGUACUUUCAUGAGACUUAUGAAUGAGAUGUUGAGACCUUUUCUUGGUUACAUUGUUUCAGGUGAUGGAAUCAAGGUGGAUCCAAGCAAAAUAGAAGCCAUUGCUUCGUGGCCUAUCCCAAAAAAUGGCCAAAAAAAAUUGAAUGCUAGGCAUGCUAAGUGGGUAGAAUUCUUGCAAUCAUUCAACUUUGCUACAAAAUAUAAGCAAGGGAAAGCCAACAUUGUGGCUGAUGCAUUGUCAAGGAGGCAUACUCUUCUUGGAAUCAUGGAGGCUAAGGUCCUUGGUUUUGAAAUUAUGAAAGAAGCUUACAAAGAUGACCAUGAACUUAUGGAAAUCAUUGAGGCUUGCAAACAUGGAGUAAAUGGUCAAUUUGUGAUGGUGGACGGUUUUAUUUUCAAAGGAAACAAACUUUGUGUUCCUAAAGGGGCAAUUCGUGACUUAUUGAUAAGGGAAGCUCAUGGAGGGGGCCUUGCUGGUCAUAUGGGUAUUCAAAAGACCCUAUCUCAUGCUGAAUUUGCUUACAAUAGAACUCCAAGCAAAACCACGAAAUACUCACCAUUCGAAAUUGUUUAUGGGGUGAAUCCUUAUGUGCCCAUUGAUUACAUUGCCCUUGCUAAGGACAAAUUUGUGCAUGGGACAGCCAAGGAACAUAUUGAGUUCAUGAUUGAUGUUCAUAAGGAAGUUCGAAAGAAUAUUGAAAAGGCAAAUGAGUCCUACAAAAAGCAAGCAAACAAGUACUUGAGCAACGUGAAGAAGUUCGAAGUGGGUGACCUUGUUUGGAUUUUUCUUCGAAAAGAAAGGUUUUCUAAGCAAAGGAAACACAAAUUGAUGCCUAGGGCAGAAGGACCUUAUCAAAUCAUGGAGAGAAUCAAUGACAAUGCCUACAAGGUUGAUCUUGGAGGGCAAUUUGGAGUCUCAUCAACUUUCAAUGUUGGUGACUUAGCCCCAUAUUUAGAGGAUGACGAGUUGAGGCCAACUCCUUUCGAAGAAGGGGAGGAUGAUGCAAAUCACGAAGGUUCCAUUAAUCAAAACAAUCAUAAUCAUCCUACAAGUCCAAGUCACGGUUUUCCCAAGGAGAUUAUCCUUGCGAAAUCUUUUGAAAAUCAAGCAUUGGAUACCUUUGCUGCCCAUGGUCCUUUUGGUGUCAAUAAUCACGGUUUUACUUGCUUGAAUGUUCAUUACACGAAUUUAUUGAAGCAUAGGAACAACCUUGGUCAUUUGGAGUGCCGUGGGUAG